AUGCUUGUCCUACUUGUUGACAUUAACGGCAUAACAUGUAUUUAUUCUUUACUAGAUCAUAGAUAUAAAAGCUAUAUAGAAUCAAAUCUAUUCCAAGAUACAUCCCUUUAUUCAGAAAAUAUAGAAGCACGAGAUAGAGGAACCAAUUCUCGGUUUUACAUUUACAAUUAUACAUAUCUAGAUGUAACCUUACAUAGUACAGCCUACAUAAUCAGAUCAAAUCACCAUAAGAAAGCUCUCAAAAUUUAUUCUGAUCUAGAUUACAGUAACAACAAACCAAAGAAAGCUAUACACAUUAAUACAUCCCUGAUAAUUUACAUUUCGGCUGCUAUUUCACAAGUAAUUUGUAAAGCUCUUUUGAUUGUGAUAUUUUUAAGAAUGCGAUACUUUGGACCAAGUGGGGUAUGGUCGGUAUUAUACAUUCUAAAAGUAAAAUACAACGAUUUCUUAACGGUUAAAGAAGCCCAUAGUGGCUUUGUAAAGAUAAAAUAA